AUGGCGGGUGUUGACGGGACUAGUUCCAAGAAGGCUAGCCGCCGUCUCCAAGCUGUUAUCAAGGACCAAGAAAUCGUCAAAUCAACCCAAGCAACAAACGAUGGUGCAUGUUUGGUGCGCACCUACACCGUCCCAGAUGCUGUGAUUGAAGCUACGAACCUCAGAGAAGUUCCAAUGACAUGGUAUGAGACACCCUCUGUUGUUGCCUUGGCACCAGGCGGUGCCUGGGUUGCCAAAACAUCUAAUAAAGAACAGUUUUUAAUAGUCGAUUUUGGUCAAAAUGUGAAAGUGAUACAAAUUGCUACACAAGGGAGACAAGAAAUGGACAGAUGGGUCAAGAAAUACAAAGUGUCAUACCGUGAAGAAGGGAAGCACACCACAUAUAAAACCGUCCAAAAUGAAGAAGAUGAAGACAAGGUCUUUAUUGGAAACACUGAUCGCAAUGGCGUUGUUACACAGAAGGUUGGGCCAUUUACAGCGAGAUAUGUGCAAAUAAAUCCAACAGAAUGGCAUAUUAAUAUUGAGAUGAGAGUUGAGUUUUAUGGAUGCUUUCUUUCAGAUCGUUACGUGGUAACAGGCCGAAAUGUUCAUAUGGAUUUUGUUCAAGAGUUCCUGAGAGACAAAAAGAGCGUUAAUUUCGAUGAUGAACAAGAACGCCCUAAUAAUUAAUAUUCAAAUUGAUAUUAAUGCCGAUACUAUUUAUGUCAAGGUCAAUUUAUUGACAUUGUUAUCUCCUAAAUUACAUUUGAUUUAACGCAGUAAUUCUCUAGAUAAACUGAUUGAACUGAGAAACGAAGCCGUUACCAUUAGAAAAGACUAACAUUUAGCUGGAAAAGGCUUUCGACCCUUAAUUUACUAUUCUCACCGUAGUUAAAUGGCAAAUUCAAAUUCAAAUUCAAAUUCUUCAAAUUA